UUCACUCACCGGUAACCGGCGGCGAUCGAGGUAGUGCGCCCAUGACCUGGUGGUGUGGUCGACCCGUGCUCGAGACGGGACAUGAACUGCGACAGUGGCCACAGCAUGGAGCAGGCCGGCCAGGACUCGCCAGCUGCUAGCGUCGACCCCACAUCUCACCGGAUCAUCGAGAAACGUCGCCGGGACCGCAUGAACAACUGCUUGGCGGAUCUUUCGCGGCUCGUGCCGUCUUGUCACCAGCGCAAGGGCCGCGGACGCAUCGAGAAGACGGAGAUCAUUGAGCUGGCAACGAAACACAUUCGCCACCUGCAGGCGCACAGAUGCCCGCGGCCAGAUGGCGUUGAUACCGACACGGCUAGCCGGCGCGCAACCAUCUCCAACCGCUAUGAGGAAGGCUACCGCGAAUGUCUGCGCGAGACGAUGCAGUGGAUGGUGGAGCACGAGGGCUUCAUACCCGGCGACCCCCUCUGCGCCCGUCUCAUGAACCACCUCCACGAGCACAUCGCACUCGUGCUCAGAGGCGGCUUUCCACCGCGGCCGCACCACGGCUCUCGCGUCGGCUCGCUCAGUGGCAGCACGAGCGGCUACAACGGGAACGCCAGCAGCAACGGCUCGUCCAGCGACGGUAACAGCGGCAGCACGCAGUGGCCCAGCUCGUCGGCGCCGCGGGAGAUGCGCUACGCGCCACCAGACCUGAACCAGCAGGCGCUGGUUCGGCUCCCGCUAGAGCGCGGCGACCCGGAGCCAAGCGCCGGUCCCGGCGUGAUGUCACGGUACCCUGCCGACGACGCCGACGCUGACUUCGAUGAGCCGCACCUGUACAAACUUCUGCACGUGGCAGGCGAGGUGAAGCGGGCUCACCCGCCUAGCAGCAGCAGCAGCCGCAGUUCGGAGGAGUGCGGCGGCUUCAUGUACAAGUUCAAGACCAACAUGAAGAAGCGCUUUUCGGCCGACAUGGCCGACGGCUUUGGCUCGAAGCGCUGCCGCCAGAGCCCCUCGCAGCUGGUGCCCGUGUUCGCACUGCACAGCAAGGGCUCGCUGUACCUGCCGAUGACGGUGGAGCUGGCGGCGCUGGGGCCGCAGGCUGAGCUGCUCUCCGCCGAGCCGCUCUCCCUUCUGCACCCUAUCAAUAUAUCGGUGUGCUUCUGCGAGCGGCGAGCGCUGGCCGACGCGGCCAGCGAGCAGCCGUCCACCUCUGGCGUGUCGUCGCUGCCACCGGAGACGGUGAUCUCCGAGGAGCUUACUUCAGCCGGGUAG